AUGAAGCAGCCCCACCUCACCUUCAGCUGGGCGGGUCGUGCGUUGCUUGCUGCACCUGCCAGCAGCAGCAGCAGCCGCAGCAGCAGCCGCAGCAGCAGCCGCAGCAAUAGCCGCAACAGCAGCAGGAGCGACACCAGCAGCCGAACCCGGCGCAGGAGCAGCAGCAGCAGCCGCAGCAACAGCAGUGAAAGUAGCAGGCGCUCCACUGCGUCAAUAGCAGCAGCAACAACAGCAGCAGCAAACAGAGAGCGUACACCCCACAUCUUUAGCCUUAUUGACGAAGCAUUCGCACGCGCUCUUGCUUCGCUGCAGCAGCAGCAGGGACGGCAGCAGCAGCAGCAAAAAGAACAGCAACAGCUGCUGCAGCAACAGCAGCAACAGGAACAGCAACAGCUGCAGCCGCAGCCGCAGCAACAGGAACAGCAACAACUGCAGCAGCAGCCGCAGCAGCAGCAACAGAAACAGCAACAGCAGCAGCAACAGCAGCAGCAACAGGAACAGCAGCAACAGCACGUGCACGAGGGGCAUCCCCCACACGGCGGCUCUCAACUGCUGCAGGAGCAGGAACAGCAGCUGCAGCAGCAGCAGCAGCAGCAGCAGGAGAGUUCAGGCACUCUUUCUGCCUUUAAGGAGUUGCUGCCUAAGGAUGCUGGAGGUGGGGAGACACCUGCUGCUUGUCUCUUUCUUGAUGGUGCUGCUGCUGCUGCUGCUGCAGCGCAGCAGCACUCGCUGCUGCCUCCUGCUCACGCCGUGCUGCUGCUGGGGCCUGCAGGCAGCCCUAAAGCUGCGGUAGCUGCUGCUGCACUCAGCUACUGCUUCCACAAGCUGCACACAGCAGCAGCAGCAGCAGCAGCAGCAGCAGGAGCUCGCAGCAACGCUCUUAAGACUUUGAUUGACCGCGUCUGCAGCGCCUCCUCUUUGCUGCUGCGGGGCCUUACUUCUGUUGCACUGCUACAAAAGAAUAGCAGCAGCAGCAGCAGCAGCAGCAUCAAGUGCUUUUCUCAGGCGUGCAUCUCUACGCAGUUUGUGCUUAGCCUGGGAAGUGAAGCAGCAGCAGCAGCAGCAGCAGCUUCCGCGGGUGGAGGCCCUCGUUUGAUUCCCCACUGCCAGGUGUACGUACAGCCGAUUUUUCUUGCUGCUGAGAGAGCUGCUGCUGUGCCGCAGCCUGCUGCUGCUGCUGCUGCUGGAGGUGACGAUGCGACCUCCUUUAUUUUGCUGCAGCUCGUAAGAGAAGCGCUUCUGGAUGCGGGUGGAGAAGCAGCAGCAGCAGCAGGACCUGCUGCUGCUGCUGCUCCUGCUUCCCCACCAGCAUCAGUGGAAGGUGCGAGCUGCGCUGCUGCUGCUGCUGCUGAUGCUGCUGCUAGUGAUGCAUCUGCUGCAGCAGCACAGGGCGAAGCAGCGGCAGCAGCAGCAGCAGCGUUUGCUGUGACGCGUCUGCUGCAGCAGCUGCAGCAAGAAGCAGCAGGAGACGAGACUACCUGCUGCUGGGAGUUUCUCAGUUGGAGAGUGCUGUGCCGCUGCUUUGCUGCAGUUGGACUGUGCAGCAGCGUGCGGCAGCAAUUAGGAAGGGAGUCUUCAUUUAUCUCUUCUUCAUGCAUUUGCUUUAACUCCUGCCUGGCUGCUGCUGCAGCACGGCGUGCAGCAGCAGCAGCAGCUCAGGUGUAUAGGCACCUUGCGGAUUGGAUAGCGGAGCUGGCAAGCCGCCAGCUGACUGCUCUUGCUGCUGCAGUGCAGCAGCAAGUGGAUGCACCUGCAGCAGCAGAUGCUCAUGGGUUGCUGCUGCCUUGUUGCUGCACCAGUUGCUGCAGCAGCAAGGGCUGCGACCCCGCAGCAGCAGCAGGUUCAUCAGGUGCAGCCGCAGCAGCAGCAACAGAAGCAGCAACAGCAACAGAAGCAGCAGCAGCAACCCGCGAAGAAAACGUAGAGGGGAGACAGCAGUCUCUCUUUAGCUGCAUUUCAAGCAGCAGCUUUAGAAAGCGCAUGCAGUCUCUGUUUGCAGCAGAGUCGUGCCCAGCAGCAGCAGCAGCAACAACAGCCGCAGCAGCAGCAGUUGUGCUGCUGGAGGCUGCGGACUUUCUACCAGAUACAGAGGAAGACACAGCAGCAGCAGCAACAGCAGCAGCACCGGCAGCAACAGCAUGCAGGCCCCGCUGCUUUUCUGCUGGACUCACGCGCUUCUGCAGCAACUUCGUCAAUGAGAAGCUGCUGCAGCACAUGCAGCAGCAGCUGCUGCAGCAGCAGUUGCUGCAGCAAGAACAGCAGCAGGUCCUUAGCCGAAGGGAAACUGCGGAACUGCAGCAUGGCAUGGAGAUUCUGCUGCAGCAGCUGCUGCAGCAGGAAAGAGAAUUGCAGUCGCAUCCGCAGCAGCAGCAGCAACAGCAGCAGCAGCAUUUCAACUUCAGUCUAGGGGGUGUGCAAGCCGGGUCGCCUGCUCUGGCUCUAAUGGAAGGCCGCUGCAGCAGAAGCAGCGGCAGCAGCAGCAGCAGCAGGCAGCGGCAGCCUAUUAACGCUUUCUGGGUGCUCUGGGACGCGGUGAUGUCUCCAAUUAUAAAGGAUGAAAAAAGAGACAGCUUCUUCUUGCAGCAGCUGCAGCAGCAGCAGCUGCUGCUGCAGCAGCAGCCACAUCAGCAGUUGCUGCAGAAUCCAACGCGUCGGGCUCUCUCUCAAGGCAACAUCAGCAGCAGCAACAGCAGCAGCAGCAGCAGCAAUGAGCUCUCUCUAACUUUGCAGCAUGCCUGGGGCAACUGUACAUACACCGUAGAUGGCUUUGCUGCUGCUGCAGCUCCGAGCAGCACCGCAGCGAACCGCGCGUUGCUGCACUUGUCUCCCCCGCUGCUGCCUUGGCUGCAGCAGCGGCUGGCUGCUGCGAGUAUUAAUAGCAGCAGGACCAGCAGCAGCAGCCGCUGCUGGCUGCUGGGGUCCUCUCCGUCUCUUCCUGCUGCAGCAGCAGCUCUCCUAGAAUCUCUCUCCCCUCCUGUUUGCAGCUGCUCGUUUGCUUUGUGCUUGCCUGCUGCUCAGCUGCAGCAGCUGCUGCUGCAGCGGCGCCUCUUGCUGCCGCAGCACGCGCUGCUGCAGCACAGGUGGUUUCCAGUGUCUGUACACCGCAAAGCAGUCGAAGCAGCAGCAGCACAGCUGCUGCUACGCUAUGGAUACGAGGCCCCGCGCAGCCCCGCUGCUGCUGUUGCAGCUGUUGCUGCUUUCGUUGGUGCUGCUGCUGCUGCUGCAGCAGCAAGAGCUCAUCGCAGGAGCACUAUCACCAACGCAGCUGCUGCUCUGACUGAGGCAGCGGCAACCCCGGAAGUGCGAGUAAUUGCACGUGCAGCAGCAGCAACGACAACAGCAGCAGCAGCAGCAGCAAAGGAACGAGGAAAUGAGAUGAUGCACGCCUGGAGGCUGGGGACAUCAGCAGUUUUUCUGUCUAGCGAAGCAGCAGUGCAGCUGGUGGAGGUGCAGCAGCUGCUGCAGCAAGAGGGUGAAGGGGCGUGGAUGGCUGCAGCAGCAGCAGCUGCUGCUACUGCCGCUGCUGCAGCAGACAGGAAGCAGCAAAUACGUGCAGCACUUAGAAGCAGGGUGUUGUGCAUUGCUGCGAUGCAACAGCUGCAGAAGCGCAGCAGGAGAAGGCGCCGCAUUGCAGCAUCAGCUGCUGCAGAAGCUGCUGCUGCAGCAACAGGAGGUGGAGGGGCGAUUGAUACUCAGCAAGCCCCAGAGCCGCAGCAGCUCGAGAUGCAGCAGCAGCAGCAGCAGCGUAUGCCCCAACUGCUGCUUGUGGGGAGGCACACCAGCAGCGACCAAGGCGCUGCUGCUGCUGCUUCUGCUGCUGCACCCGUAGAAGCUCAGCUAGAUGGCCUGUGCGACGUGCUGCAGCUUCAGCAGCAGCAGCAGCAGCAAAUCGCUCGGCCGGUGCAGCAGCAACAGACGAUGUCUCACAAGGAACAGCAGCAGCCUCAGCCUCAGCAGCAGCAGCCACAACCGCUCCAGCAGCCGCAGCAGCAGCAGCCGCAACCGCUCCAGCAGCCGCAGCAGCAGCGGCCACUACAGCAGCAGGAGCAGCAGCAGCAGCAACGGGAGUGUGCUGCGGUUCAGAGCAGCAGCAUAAUUGCUGCUGACGCGCUGUCUGCAGAUGUACAAGAACAUGGGACGCUUGGAUGCUGCGGAGACACUGCAGCAACAGCAACAGCAGCAGCAACAGCAGAAGCAGCCUCAGCAGCAGCAGCAGGGGACGGCUGCACUGAGGCGCAGGACAAGCGACGAAGGCGGCAGAGGAGACAGCGGGCCUCACCUUCAUCAGCAUCACCAACCCCAGCAGCAGCAGCAGCAGCAGCAGCAGCUGCAGCAGCAGCAGCAGCAGCAGCAGCAGGGCGCUGGGUUCCACCUCCUCCCCCUCCUUACCCGCCUCCCCCAGCCUACCCUCCCCCUCCUCCGCUACCUCCUCCGCUGCAGCAGCAGCUUGUGCUGCAGCAGCUGCAGCAUAUGCAGCAUCCGACCCCCCAGCAGCACUACAAACCGCCAACGCCAUCCUUUGCCCCCCAUCAAAGGCAGCAUUUGCUGCUGCCGCACCAGCAACAGCAGCAGCAGCAACAACAACCGCAGCAGCAGCAGCAGCACCAGCACCAGCAGCAGACUCGGAUCGGCAGCAGGCGCCAGCAGCGGCAUCGCGCCGGACCCGUUUUGCUGCAGCAGCAGCAACAGCUCCUGCUGCUGCAACACCCGCAGCAGGAGAAAGAGAAGCGUCUGUUUCCGGAGCAGCAGCAGCAGAAGCUACAGCAGCAGCAGAAACAGCAUCAGAAGCAGCAGCGCUUCCCCUUGUAUACCUCACAAGGUGAUUUGCAGGUGAUCAGUGGGCCCCCCCCACCACCGCCACCGCCGCAGCAGCUGCAGCAGCAGCUACAGCAGCAGCGGCAGCAGCAGCAUUUUCUGCAGCAGCUGCAGCUGCACCAGCAGCUCCAGCCGCAGCCGCAGCAGCAGCAUUUGCAGCAUCAACAGUGCGGUGCCCGUGUAUUUCAUCUCGCUUGUCAAAGAGAGGACGGCAGCAGAAGCAGCAGCAACAGCAGCAGCAGCAGCAGCAGCAACAGCAGCAGCAGCAGCAGCAGCAGCAGCAGCAGAAGCAUUGCUACUCCUCCGCCACCCCCUCCUCCUCCUCAGACUGUGAGAGGCCGCCGAUGGCGAUUGAAAGCUGGGCGUAAGCAACUUGAGCAGCAGCAGCAGCAGCAGCAGCAGAAGCAGCAGCAGAAGCAGCAGCAGCAGCAAAAUCAGCAGCAGCAGCAAAAGCAGAAGCAGCAGCAGCAAAGGCAGCAGCAGCAGCAGCAAAGGAAGCUGCAGAACGAGCAUUAA